AUGCGGCCCAGUCUUGGUCUGCUUUGGAUCCUCCUCCUUCCCAUGGUCGUUGACAGCGAUAUGCUCAGAGCUGCAGCCAUGAAAACCACCGCGGAGAACGCAUUCCGCCUGCCCGGACUCGUUGCCGGAGGCGCAGGCCACAUCCUCGUCGGCCAGAGUAUCGCCGUCCAACCCAACGCCGGCGUCCGUGACAAGGACACCCCCCGCGAGCCCUGGGCGCUCAAGUCCGGUCUUUAUACACCCCGCCAGCUGGUUGAGGGGUUUGCGCCUCUGCUAGACACGGUCGUGUUCCGGUUGGGCCCGGACCCGCCAAAUGCGAAACCAUCGCGUGCCCAGCUGCUCGACAACCUCGCCUCCAACCUCGACAUCAGCACCCGGGAGGCCACUCUGCGCUUUCCUGCCACCGACCUCGAUGACUCUCGUCGAGAGAUCGCCGAGCAGGCCAAGCGUAUUGGCCGGACGCUCGUCCAGUAUGCCCGCAGCCACACAGGCGGACCCUUCAAUCCCAACCUGUACCUCCGCAGUCCCUGCGAGGGCCAUCUCCUCAUCCCGCCCAACGUCGACCUGAUGUUCGGCCGGCGCAGCCAGUCGCAUCUCAUGCAGCUGUUCAACGAGUACAUGCACCAAAUGGUUCUUCUGCGAGACGCCCUGCUGCCCUUCAAGAACUAUGAGGACGUCAUCAUCCCCACCGACGGCCGCGCCGCGAGAGGGAUUCGCCAUCUCGAGUCUUCCCGGUCGGAGUUCCUCACCCAGGUCCUGACUAAGGAGGCUACCCAGUCGGCUAUCAUCAAGCAGGCCCAGGCUCUCCUUGCGCCGGGCCUCCGGUCUCGCUCCAGCCUGACAACCCUAAAGGCGAGCGCCGGCUACGGCUUCCAGUAUGCCCAUGGCCUGGUCCUGCCCGCUUUCUUGUCUGGUGGUCCAACCCCGCUCCAUCUCCUCCAGUACAUCCCCGCCAAGCUGGUCGACAACGCUCCCAAGGGCGUGAUCUUCGACUACCGCAUCGAGGAUUACUACCUUGCGCCGCGCGUCGAGAUCCCCGCCGGCAUCGAGAAGACUCUCGCCUUCCAGGCUGCGGGAUACCCCGAGGCCAACGGCUGGGGCAACCCGGUCCUCGGCGUCGAAAGCGCCAGCAUCGGUGUUGUUGACUCCACGUCCGACUCGACCUCGUCGUCGCACGUGCGGCAGCUGGAACUGCAACUCCAGCUCGAGAACGGCAAGUGCAUCUCCGUCGACCUGGGACAGGUCGCCCGCGGCCAUCGCUACGCGUAUCAGGCACCCCGGGCCAGUGACUCCGAGUCAUCACCCAACGGGGAGGACGCUACGCCCACCGUUGUCUACGACGCGGCAUCCGUCCUGGCGACCGGGGACGCGGACAGCCUCGUUUCAACGGAACAGGAUGGUCUCCAUGUGAUCCCCGUGCGGGACCCGGUUGUUGCUCUGGCGCUUCUGGGCAAGAUCUACCCAGGGAACGUGGUGCUAUUGCCGGAGUCGGAGGGCUUAGCGCAGGCUGCAACGGCCGGGAAGGGACUGGGGGCCAAGUUCGUCCUUUGGGGUGGCGUGGAGCGUGGGGGAUUACGGGGGAGGUUCUAG